ACGUCGAGGAGCUCCAAUGCAUACUCCGGCGUAGUGUUCUCGUAUUGCACCUCCAUCGCCGACAUCUACGCUGGUCGCAUACGGGUAACUCGUCAAGUCGUAUUUUCUUCGUCACACAAGAGGCGGGCGCGGAUGCCGCUGACUCCAACGCACAACACACGCACGACCACGCACGAUCCACUCACGUCCCACAAUGGACACGAGGAGGCGCAUCAUGGAGCAUCUCACCGUUGCAUGAGAUCAUUUUUUGUGUGACGGCACGUCUGCUUGAUCAACACGAACCCACGACUUCUCUCCCACAAAUCACCACGACCUCCAAAUCAUCUAUUACCGCGUAACGAGAAUUCAUAAUGUCUGCCGCAUACGGAAACCCCCCGCGAGGCAACGAGACGCGCUGGAACAACGACCCGAACAGCUACGGGACUCAGAACUCCUCAAACCAGAACUCCUCGGCCAACGACCAGCCCGGCUUCCAGCCAGGGUUCGAAGACCAGGGCUACACGCGCCGUGAAGGUGCUCGGGACAACAACGCUGUCCCGGGUGCGCAGUAUACCGCCGGCCACGGCGACAGCUUGGGCAACACAGGCCCAUACCCGGGCAACACCUCCGAUAACAACGUGCCCGGUGCGGGUACUGGUGACUGGCAGCAGAGCAACGCUGGAGGCAACGCCGGCGACCAAGGUUGGAAUAACAACCAGGGUACCGGCGGCCAUCCAUCUGUGGGUCAGCGUGUGAAGGGUACCGCUGAGAAGGUGGCUGGUAAGGUGACCGGAAACACUGGCACGCAACAACGCGGCGAGCAGCGUAGGGAGAACGUUAACUAGUAGCGGCAUCUUCACCUGCCUUAUGCCCUCAUACGCCCCCUUGGUGUUGUAGUCUCGUGGUUUCGUAGCGAGACGUCAGAAGUAGAUGGAAGUAAUAGCAAUGUAUAGUAGCAUUUUCACGA